GGUCAGGGCGUCAAGAUGGCGGCGCGCGCAGCGUGUGUAGCUGUGUGCCGGCGCCUGCAGCAGGAAUUGGGGAAUUUGUCUGUAAAUGGCUCUGAGAGCACUACAACCAAAGCCGGUGGCCUCCUGCUCAGUUGCAGUACAAAGUGGGUGCCACGGUCAAGCCUGCACAUGGACAUUCCAAAGGAUUUGACCAACCCUACGAUAACCACUUCUGAUGAGCCAGACACAUUGUACAAACGCCUGUCCAUUUUAGUGAAGGCCCAUGACAAGGCUGUGUUAGACAGUUACGAGUAUUUUGCUGUGCUCGCUGCUAAAGAACUUGGCAUUUCUAUUAAAGUACAUGAACCGCCAAGGAAAAUAGAGCGCUUCACUCUUCUCAAGUCAGUGCACAUCUUCAAGAAGCACAGAGUUCAGUAUGAGAUGAGGACGCUGUACAGGUGUUUGGAGUUGAAGCACCUGACUGGGUGCACGGCCAGUGUCUACUUGGAGUAUAUCCAGCGAAACCUGCCCGAAGGAGUGGCCAUGGAAGUCACAAAGACACAGAUACAGAAGUUGCCGGAACACAUCAAGGAGCCAAUGUGGGGAACAUUUGCCCAGGAGACCGAAGGAAGCAAAGCGUGAGACUGCCCGCCUGUGCUGUAUCUGAAAGUCAAGGCCUGCUGCGCUCCCUGGAGAGCGCUCCAGCCCAGAGGAAGCCGUCCGCCUGGCCAUGCUCUGCUGAGUCCUCACGCCCGAGCAGCCGAGGGGAUCAUGGCGGCAGGCGUGGCUUCAAGGAAGAACCACUGUGUCCGUUCUUUAUACCUGACUUUGCUUGUGUUCUGCUUUGAACAAACAUUAGCAAACUUCUGUAUAACCUGAAACUAAAGAAUCAGAUUUAAACACC